AACUGAUGGAUGACGUCAAUCAUUGCCUGUGAAAGGAUCCGAGACUGAAAGCUAGAAGGAUUAAAAAAAGAUCAAUAACUGGAACGGAAGUGGGAGAUCUUUUAUGUUUAUAUUUUUAUCAAAUUUAAUUUGAAAUAUUACGCGGUUGGACAUCUAUAUAAUGUAAAUAUCAUUAUAUUUUAUUUAAAGUUUAUUUCUUUAUAUUAAUCGGUUCCUCCCAAAGCCUGUGGUGACAGAAUUCCAGCAGAGAGAAGAUAAUUAACCCUAAGAAAUAUGGUGUCGUGGAUCAUCUCAAAAGCAGUCGUGUUGCUAUUUGGAAUGCUGUAUCCUGCUUACUAUUCUUACAAAGCAGUGAAAACCAAAAAUGUGAAAGAAUAUGUUUCCGUUGUAUUACGAACUGAAGAUUGCUUUUGUUAUUUGGUUACUCUCUCCUUAUACAAGAGGAGCAAGCAUAUUGUACAGAAAGUUUCUUCAUCCUCUUCUUUCUUCGCGGGAAAGAGAAAUUGAUGAUUAUAUCGUGCAAGCAAAAGAUCAGGGCUACAAAACUAUGGUCAGUUUUGGAAGGCAGGGGAUAAGUUUUGCAGCAACAGCUGCUGUGUCUGCUGCAGUUAAGAGUCAAGGAGCAAUAGCAGAACGUUUGCGAAGUUUCAGCAUGCAUGAUUUAACAGCUAUCCAAGGAGAUGAACCUGUAGGACAGAGAGCCUUCUCUGCUUUACAAGAUGGUAAAAAAAGAAACAAAAUCCCUGCUAAUGAUGAGGAUGCCAUGUACAGAUAUCGGUUUAAACAAGAGCCUGAUGAGGAGGACAGAACUGAUGAAGAUAUGGAAGUUACACAUUCAGAUGAUGAGGCAUUCUCUCAGAGAAGUCUUAAGAGAUCACAAAGUGUACGAUCUGUGAAAGGUAUAAAAGGUCGCAAAGAGGUAAGAUACGGCUCCCUAAAGCUGAAAACAAAGAAAAGAUCGCCACUGUACUAUAUGUAAACCAUGCUGUAUUCCAAGCCUAUGGAAGACCAUGCCUCUGAAACUAAGCCUUUUUUGUGCAUUAGCUGGGGAUAUGUUAAUUUAUAAACUGGAUGGAAGGGAUUUGUCAUAAAAUAUGACAUGCUGUAUGCAUCAACAAACUGUCAGCCUCAGAACAUUUUUUUACAGGUGGCACUUUGAAACCUUUGAAAAGCUUUUAUGCAGUUUAAAUUUUUGAUGGCUUAUUUGAUGUACAUAAUUUAUUUGGAGUUCAUUGGAGAGUGUUUUUUUCUCUUUGUGAAUUUUUGCAAAACUGCCUCCUUUGAUAAGUAUUUUAUAGAACUGCAUUGUCUUACACACUCAUAUAUGUUUGUUCCUGUCCUUUUAUUCAUUCUUUACCCAAGAUAAUCAAAGUUUUUCUCAGCCUUUGUAUCAUCCAUUAUUGUGAUAUGAAACAUGAAAUGCUUUCAGAUAUCCGUUGUCUUUUAAAAUUUAAUUUUUAAACUACAAGUUUUGUUGCUUAAAAGUGUUAAAAUGUCUAACCUUCAUGAAAGAUAUGCAGAACAAUAUUCAUUUCACCAGUGUAUGUGUAAAAGAGUGAAGGGAUGUAAGGAUUUUUUUAUUUACAUUGAACAGCCAGUAUCCAGUUGUUUCUUUUUUAAAAAUGAUGGGUUUCUGAUGUGGUAAUGUUGAUUGAAAUAUAUUUUGAGUUCCUUUUGGAAGUUGUAUCUAACUGUGGUUUAUUGAAACAUAUUAGUAUGGGAAUUGGUAUUAGUGCAUAAGUCUUUCUUGAAAGUGACUUUUUCCAGCAUGGUCAUUGGUGAGAGGUGUUCUCUCCACCCAUAUGAAUACUGACAGCUCAAAGAUAUGAAUGUCCUAGUUAAAGUAAUACAAGUGUAGACAAUGUAUUCUCAAAAACGGCACAGCACUGGUGAAAAAUAUUUUUCAGCAAGCAUUUUUUGAUCAGAGUCCGUAGAUCCUAUCAGGUUUUGUAAGAGUUUCAACCUGUUUACAUAUUUUGGUGUAAUUAUUUGAAGAUUGUAAGAGUGAAUUUUUGAAAAGUUUGUAAAUUUGGAUUUAGCAUAUGGUUUUCAUUUUUUACAUUUGUUGAGGUGAAUUUUUCCUUGAUGUGUUAUUGCUGGCAGUGUCCUAUCUGUAACUCAUUUACACUGAAUCUUUGAAAUGUAUUUUAAACUGACAGUGAAAUAGGAUUCCAAAGAAGUCUGUGAAGCAUAGAUGCCCAUGCUGUCCAAAACUUUUUUGUGGCAGGGGGUUAGAAAUCUGGUUCCAAAGAGCCUGCAUGGAAAGCAUCCUGUAAGGCUUCAAAGUACAGAGGCAGAAAGGCAGUUUAGAAGGAUGUUUUAACAUCCAUUUUUUGUUCAUUUUGAUUGUAUCAGCUGUUUUUUUUUCUAAUCCAGAUUUAAAAAUUGUUACGGUUUAUGAAACUCACUUUGGCAAAAGAGUCACAAAUGUUUUGAGUAUUUUCAUAAACGUGGUACUUAAUAAUAAUCUUUAUCUUAAAGAAUAAGCUCCUACACCAGUUACUUACAAUACUGCUCAUUUUUGUUGGCUGACGUUUGUUUUUUUGUUUUUUUCCAUUUGCUUACAAUGGGGUGAAAUUUCUGACUAAGGAACAUGUUCUAUAUUUUAAUUUUAUCAAGUUAGAGGUUUUCAUUUCUCCUUUGAUGCACUGAAGCCUACUAUACAUGUUCUUAUUGGUCUGUUUUUAUGUAAUAACAAACUGAAUGCUUAUGCACGUAUACCUCAAAUCAUUUUGUUGAAACAAAGUUCAUUGAAUAAUACUCUGUUUCCAAGUAGCUAAAUGGUGUGGUGUGUAUCUGCCCAUCAUACCUUGAUGUCUGUAGCAUUUGGCUGUUUUGCUUCCUUUCUCAGGACCUCACCAUAUUUUUUUCUGUUUUUUGAUGUCCUUGGCCCUCAAGAAUGCAUCUGUGGGACUGACUUACAACUCUUCAUUGUGGCAUCUUCUUUCAUCAGUUCACCACUGUGCAAAAAGAGAUUAGUGUACCUUCCACCUGCAUCUGAUGCUUCCUCUCUCUUACCUCCUCUAUAUAUUUCAGUUCUAUUCCUUGACAGUCCUGUACCACUGUUCUGUGUAAUGGCAUCAUGUCCUCUAUCCUUCCAAGUUUCCCGUAAGUGUAGGUACAGUGUAGGCUUAGUGCUUCUAAUUUUUUGCAAGUAUUUUUAUCCCAGUGAUUACCUUUAUGGACUUCUUAGGACCCUUUCUGUCUAUUGUCACUGUCCCUAUAUACUGCAAGUCCAGUUCCAUGGCACAAAGGGAUGAAGUCCUGACUACAAUCCAGGCAACCCAAGAUUGAUUAAUGGCUCAAGCAAGACAGAGAGAGGAUGGAAAUGGGUAAACACCCUUGAAUCUCCCAUCCUGGGGGGAUGGUGGGAAUCUGCCCAGCUGUAGUGCUGUGCCUAGUGGGGGGGGGGGGGGGUGUUAGGGGCAUAUGAAGCACUGUGAGCAGAGACAUGAGUAGCUCUACCAAAUUGUGUGGUAGCUUUUAUGGGGUUUGAGCGAAAACGCACAUGCCAGCUGGAAGGCAUAGCAAGUCUUCAUGUCGGCCACUGGAGGAGGAAUUAAGGCCUUAAACAUGCUGUCAUUUCUAGGAUGUUGGCAUGGCCAAAAGCAGCCUAUGUGACUGCCUGGGGAUGAUCUCACUUGACAUCUAGGAUUCACAAAUGCUGGAGAACAAAUGGGCCAAGUUCAGUUAGAAACAGGCUUGAUGCUUAGGAACAUAGGGACAAAAACGUUCAAAAAAAAAAAAAAAAGUACUUGAGGCACAGUCUUCUCUCCAGACCUGGACACAAUAUGUAUCCUACGUUAUAUAUACUAAAAAUGUGUUGUGUUCAUUAAAAGCAUGGGUAUUGUUACUUUAUUUGCAGACCUGAAGAAAGCCUUAAGUUGUGUGUUAUAUCCAGUAACAUUAAACAACUACGUAGGUAGAAUGCAGUCAGGACAGUUUUCACUUUUUCUCUGUCUUCCUCAUAAAGCUUAGGAUUUCUAUAAAUAGUCUACCCUUACCAACUUCAUUUUGCAGAUUCCACAGGACUCUGCUUAGGGUCCGCAUCAUUUUAUCAUUAUAACUUCAUUAACUGUUUAUAAAUUUAAAUGCUUCUCUUUUCUAUGCUGAUGAAUUCGUCUUCUGAAAGGCUGGUAAAUUAUUAUCAUCUGUCUCCAAUUAACUCUGCAAAGAUGAGCAAAGCCAUGUUGUGUGAUACUGUUUUCAAGCUUCUUAUAAACUCCAACCCCCCCCCCCCCCACAAAAAAAAUUGUAAACUUCAAAAACAAGCUUAAUGAAACAACAUUUGAAGUUGUACACCAUUUAGGAGAAAUGUACAGCUGUACCCCAAGACAUUCUGUCAUUUGCAUGCAUGUCACUCCAAAAUCUCUAAACAACUUAAGUUAAUUUACAAUAUAUCCGCCAGGGUAACAGGUCAAAGGGGUUUUUAUUACAAAGUAUGAUAUUCAUAUAAUUGCUUCUGCAUUUACUUUUACGCCAACAUUAUCCAAACAGCUUUAAUUUGGAUUUCUCAGUUUCAGUCUUUCAGCCAAGUAUGAAAAUCUGCUUAACUAUGGGAAAAAAACUGCUGAAGCUUCUUUGUACAUAUUCACCUGUUCUAUUAUAUUCUGUACAGUAGCAAUAAGCUUCAGAGUCUGUUUUGUAUUUACUCUUAGUGGUACUGUUCACUCACAGAGCUGAGACAUUAAUCCCAGUGUGUCUAUGUACUUGUGUACAAGUAGAGAAUGUGCAAAAAUUAUCAUUGAAAAUGUGUUUUAUUUAUUCAUAGGACCAUACAGUAAUUAAAGGAAGAAAGGCAUGUAUAAGUUACUGGUAAACACCAGUGCUAUGAUCCAGUUUCUCUCUGCAACCUAGUAUUGUAAAAUCACUGGAAAUAAUUUAAAUCCCAUGCAAGUGAAGAUGCUGAAUAUCAUACAGCUAAUCUUCCCACACUUCAGCUUUCUGGAUCGCAUUACUAGUAGGUAAUGCUGUCAAUACACAGGCUGCCCCAGUCAUACACUGGCUUUUGCAGUCACCUCAGUGAUCUUGAAGAGAGUGAAAGAAGUAAUGGCAACAGCAGUUUAUUUCUGUUUGUUCAGUUUGCUGCCCUCAUUUACACUUGCCACUUCUGUGAUUUCUUGGCCACCAAUUUACUCCAGAUUACAUUCAUUUAACCUAAGACUUUUUUGUGCCUCUGUCAUGCUCCCCUUUUUGUUUUUUUAUACAUUUUAUUACCUUGGAAGAACUUACCAGGUACAGUAAUGUCAGGUUUUGGCAAAAAAUUCUACUUAUUCAUGCCUUGAGGUCAUGUCCAAACAGUGUGUCCCUUUUUGCUUCUCCUGCCUUUUAUAGCCCAAAUCUUGUUUGCAUCCAUUUCUGCAGUGUUCAUCUGUACUGCAUUACAUCAGUUAAAGGUCUGUAUUUUUGGAAGGGUAAGCUAAUGUUGGGCACAUUGAAGAACACUGAGGAAAAAUUAUGUCUAAACAAAUCUUUACCUUUCUUGCCUUAGCUGCUUUGUGUACUUUCUGCAAGUCCUCUGUUAACUAAAAAAAAAACUCUGUCGUAAUGUUUCUGUGCUGUUUAGCUGUACUGAUGAAUGUUAAAAUUUCAUCACUUUCAUUUAUCAACGAUGCAUUGACUUUUUUUUUUAGUUUACAGAAUUGCUUGUAAAAUAAGGAAAUUCCAGGAUUACAGCUUUUACUAAUGAUCUUCUGAUCUUAUCAACACUGAUUAUUGCCUUUUACGUUCUGAUCUAUUUAGCUCUGGAAUUUCUUUGUUGGCAAGUAAAUUAGUAUUGCUGCAUGUCUAUGCUUUGUUCUCCAGUUUGGUUCUUAGCUGGGAUGCCUUUUGUUUGAAGCCAGCCCAUCUUUUCUGUGUUUUAUGAGUAUUCAUAGGUGCUUCAUGGUAGUCCAUUAUAGUUUGCUUGCUGUGUUCCAGCUGAGUGUUGGGCUAAGCUCUGGUUAUCUCUCAACCAAGAAUUGGAUAGAGAGAGAAGUGAAUGGUUAUAAGUGCCUUUAUGUAGAAACUGAAAUUGAAUGGUAUCCAGUAACAAAAUCAGUGACAAAUAACAUAGAUUAGAUGGUUUAAUUAGGCCUUCAGGAGUAAGUGUUUGCACUUGUCAAAAACCAUUGAAAAAGGUGGGCAUUCAUAGACCUCCCCAACUUUGCCUUAAUACUGCAGGCCUAUAUCUGGAGUGGUAGUGAAAUCCACAGGCUAUGUAUAUAAUCCUUAACACCAUCCUAGAGAUCACUCAGUAGCAGUCCCAUGCCAGCUGAGCAGAGUUGGCAGAUGGAAUAGUAAGGCAUGGGCAGUUCUUUUAAAGUAGCAGAAACCAGGGUACUGGUUACUGUACAUAAUUUUUAAUGACUUCACAGCAAUUGGAUGCCACUGCAGAAUUUACAGCACAAGGAUGACAUUAUUAAACUGAAGUGGUCCAGUCAGCAGCCUAACUGUAAAGUUCUUAACAUUUUACAGGAGCACACAGGCAUUGUCCUGUGGCCCAGUUUGUCAUUUUUUGUCCUCUUUCUUGAAUUUCUGCACCUAACAUGAUCAGACUGUCUUGAGUCCCUGUUACUUCAUUUUUCAAUUAUAGCUGCCUAGUGGCAAAUAAGCCCCAUGUACAGUGCAUGAAAUUAUAAGCCAGGUCUCCCAGUCAUUCUGUUUAGUACAGCACUAUUCUUUGAAUUUCUUUGUACGUUUAAAGCAAUUUUAUUUUCAUUUUCUAAAUGAAUAAUGCUAAGUAAAAGAAAGUGUUGUAAAUGUAUGUAAAUAUUACAGCUGCAGUCUCUGAAUAAAUUACUAUUCAGUAGUAAA